CUCCUCCUCCGCCGCCGAAGAAGAGGAGGAAGACGAAGAAGGCGACGAAGAAGAAGAGGAGGCGAAGGGAAUGGCGUUUAGGGCUCGGGAGAUCUACAAGAAGAUCGUGCGGAGGGUGGGGGGCGAGGAGGCGCUCCCGAGGGAGGUGAUGGAGUCGGUGAAGAAGAUGCUUCCCAACAACAAGGUCGUUAUGGGGCGCGCCAAGCGCGGCAUCUUCGCGGGACGACACAUCCAGUUCGGCAACAAGGUCAGCGAGGAUGGCGGUAACAAGUCGAGGCGAACAUGGAAACCAAAUGUACAAGAGAAGCGCCUCUUCAGCUACAUCCAUGACCGACACAUUCGGGUCAAAGUAACAACUCACGCUCUCCGCUGCAUUGAUAAGGCUGGCGGUAUUGAUGAGUACCUCUUAAAGACGCCCUAUGACAAAAUGGAGACUGAGAUGGGCUUAGUGUGGAAGGCCAAGAUCGAGAGAAUGUAUGCGGAGUUAGGGAAUAUGGAGGUCGGCUUCUUUUCGCCUGAAGAGGAGGCUAAGAUCGAGAAGGGCUUUGAAGAAGCCAAAACUGCGAAGAGGGAGGCCCGCAGGGAGGCAAGAAGAGCUUUGGCAAAGCAGAGACAGGAAGAGGAAGGAAAGUUGGAUGGUGAUGAUCAAGAAGCGAAAGCAACAGCUAUUGAGGAAGGAGCCUCUGACGAUGCGAGAAAGGCCAAGCAUGAAGAAGCUUCUAAUCCCCAAUGACUGGUGAGUAAAAUAUAGUGGGCAGGGAAAUUGUUGCUGAUCAACACCUUCGGAUAGAAUCGGGGAAUAAGCAGGGGCUCGGACUUGUCAAGUGGAAAAUUUAACUAUUCAAGUAGAGUAUCAGCAUCUGUAUUCUUAGGAGGAUUUUAUGAUCUCUUGUUUGUAGCCAUGGUAUCGGCUUUUUGCUGAGGAGUUCCUGAGGCGGUCCCUUCGGUCUUAUUAUCACUAUUUUCAUGUUUGAUGCAUGAUUUGUACAGCCAUUUAUAUUGAGCUGAGUACUACUUCACUGAGAUGGUGCCCUUUUAUCUAAUUAUUAUUGUCAUUUCACUUGAAAUUUAUGUUAACAAAUUUAUUGUACUCAAUACUAUUUUUUUUUUUCCAUA